AGAUUGCUUUAUAAUUUCUUUAAAUACAUUUUCCAUCUCAAUUAAAACUUAUCUUUUUUCUUUUCUAGUACUUUUUCCAUUCCUGACACCAGUAUAUGAGAUGUUAAAUAUCUGCAUGUUCUCAAAGGAUUCAAUAGAAUUUUUCAAAAACUUUGUGGACAGAAUGAAGGAAACCUGCCUGGAUUCUAAGCAGAAGCACCAAGUGGAUUUUCUUCAGCUGAUGAUGAACGCUCACAAUAAUUCCAAAGACAAAGACUCUCAUGAAGCCCUUUCUGACAUGGAGAUCACAGCCCAGUCAAUUGUCUUUAUUUUUGCUGGGUAUGAAACCACCAGUAGCACACUUUCCUUCACCCUGUAUUGUUUGGCCACUCACCCUGAUAUCCAGAAGAAACUGCAGGAAGAGAUUGACGAGGCUUUGCCCAAUAAGGCACCUCCCACCUACGAUACUGUGAUGGAGAUGGAAUACCUGGAUAUGGUGCUUAAUGAAACCCUCAGAUUAUAUCCCAUUGCUAAUAGACUUGAGAGAGCCUGUAAAAAAGAUGUUGAACUCAAUGGUGUGUAUAUCCCCAAAAGGUCAACAGUGAUGAUUCCAUCUUAUGCUCUUCAACAUGACCCACAGCUCUGGCCAGAGCCUGAAGAAUUCCAACCUGAAAGAUUCAGCAAGGAGAACAAGGGUAGCAUUGAUCCUUAUCUAUACCUGCCCUUUGGAAAUGGACCCAGGAACUGCAUUGGCAUGAGGUUUGCUCUCUUGAACAUGAAACUCACUCUUACUAAAGUUCUGCAGAAUUUCAAUUUCCAGCCUUGUAAAGAAACACAGAAUUACAUGAAGAAGUCUUGA